UCACGCGGCACCGACGGAGCCCGGACAUGGCGGGCGUGAAAGCUCUCGUGGCCCUGUCCUUCAGCGGAGCCAUCGGGCUGACGUUCCUCAUGCUGGGCUGCGCCCUGGAGUACUACGGUGUGUACUGGCCUCUGUUUGUGUUGAUAUUUUACUUCAUCUGCCCCAUUCCCCACUUCAUUGCCAAGAGAGUGGGUGAUGACAGUGAUGCAGCCAGCAGUGCCUGCAGGGAGCUGGCCUAUUUCUUCACCACAGGAAUUGUUGUCUCUGCCUUUGGGUUUCCAAUCAUCCUUGCACGGGUGGAAGCAGUGGAAAUAACCCACUGAAAUUUGACUUUUUAAUCUGAAAGAAAGAGAGCUCACAUGACUGAAAAGGUUUUAGCUGGUUUUUUUUUUCUCCUUUUCCCCCCUUUUUUCCCUGGUCCAACACAAGAUAAUAUCUCCACCUCAUGCCUCCCUGUCUCAUGACUCUGCAUCACUUCUUGCUCCAGCUUCCUUAUUUUUCUUUUGGAAUGUCUGAAUUCUCCAUUUAGGAUGCUGCAAACUCGGGGACUGGGGAGUGUUAGGAGUUAAAAGAUCAAAGGCCAAGCUUCUAGAGCUGCCCUCGUGGCUCUCAAAGCAUUUCCCAAGCUUUGUUCCCUCAAAGCCUGAGGAAAUUCUGGUCACAUUUGUGUGGGAGACAAAGAAUUCCCCUUGUCCCAUGUCCCAACCACCCAGUGAUGUUUUACUGAGUCCUGUUGGUUUUCCCCUUCACUUUCAGUCCUUUAAAUUUGGUGAACUUCCUCUGAAUUUAUUUGUAAUAAAUCCCCCUGAGAUUUUUGUUUUGGAGUUGUGGCCUGGCAGCAGCACAGUGACCACGAGAGGGAACUCUCAGUCAUGUAUUUUAAAAUGUUGCUUAUUUAAGUAAAUUACUUGUGCAGCUUAUUUAAAAAACAAAACAAACCUGUUUACUCUUAAAUCACGUUUUCUAUGCCUGUUACUUAUUUAAAAGGAGCUCUUAUGGUUUUGUUCCAUGCAUGGCAAUGGAAGGAGAGCACUAAUUUCACCAGAUUUCUCUCUGAUUUAGGUGUGUUUUAAUGAUUUGUAAGGCAAGUCAUCAUUUUCUUCUAAAUCCUAGCAGUAGCUUGGCUGAAGGUUUAUUAGUGAUACUAAUUGAAUAAUUAGUCACAUAAAUUAAAUUAUUCAUUGCUUGCCUGUUCUGCUUUUAGCAUCUUCCUGUAGUAUUUUGAUUUUUUUUGGUAGUAUUUUAGCUAAUCUAAUGCCUAGAAAUAACUGCCCUGAGCAUUCUUUUCCAAGAACUGCUUUGACUGUUCCAUUUCUUGCAUUUCAGAUCAAAUGGGGAGCCUGUGGCCUGGUGCUGGCUGGCAAUGCAGUCAUUUUCCUUACUAUUUUAGGCUUUUUCCUUGUGUUUGGCAGAGGAGAUGACUUUAGCUGGGAGCAGUGGUAGGAGCUCGCUGUGGUGCUGGUAAUUCUGAAUAUUUUACACCUUUUUCCCCCCUGCUCUGUGUGUGUGUGAAGAUAUUCUAAUGUGUGUGGUCUGUUAUCCACGUGGCUUUACAUUAUCACUUAAUAAUUUGGGUUUUUUUUAAAUGCACUUCAGCCAAAGGGACAGUGCUGGUGGUUGGCUUGAAGUAGACACUAAAAUCUGGAAUUAUUAUGAAUUUAUCCUUGAAGAAGCUUAUAAAACAUAAGCAGUUUUACCCACUUUUCACUAUACUUGCAAUAAUUUUUGGUUUAAUUGCAUUGAGCCAUUGGUCACUAUUGCUGUUGGGUUUUUAACCAUAUAAUUAAAGAAUAAUAUGAAGAUUAUGCUGAUUUGGAUUGUUCAACUUGAUCAAUCUUUCUGCUUUAAUUAGGAUGAGUCAGGAUUCCAUUUACACCUCAUUAAUUGUAAUUUGAGGAAAAAUUGUAAUUUUUCUUGAUGAUAUAAAACCAAACAUAAGUGAUGUCAAUUCUUACUGCCUAAUUAAAGCAAAAGAAAAUCACCCUGGUUAAAAACCCUUCCAUUUUUUUUUGGUUUAUUUUGUUUAAGGAUCAUUUUCUCCCCACAAAGAUAUUUUCUGUCCCUUUUCAAUUUAAAAAUUGUGGCUGUAUUUGUGGAAUAAUACACUUUAAUUCAUCUGACAUGACUUCUGUGAAGGUUCACAAGAGGAGAAUCUACCCUCAGGACAGUUAAAAUCACAAUUUAAUGUUCAACCCUGUAUUUUUAUGGGUGUGAAUUGCAAGGAAUUGAGUGUUCUAGGUAGGAUUUCUUAUUUCCUCCUUGCUUUUAAAUCACACUUCAACUCCUAUUUUAUUUUUUUUUUUUUGGUCUGGAAGAAUGUUGUUAUUCCUUUAAAACACUAUAUUUUUAAACAGCAUUAUCCUAGUAAACGUUCACAUAAUCACACUUAAGAAAAUAGAAUUUUAUUACUUUAAUAAUGGCAGUGGUCAGUAAUUAAUUACCUGAGCACUCUGAAAUGGGGACAGAAAUUAUUUUGUGGUCCCCAGGCAUGGGAUAUGGAAAUGUGGAGUUCCAGGAAGGUUAAUUCCAUGUUCUCAAUGGAAACUUCAGCUGUGUGAGAAGGAACACUUGAGUACCUGUAUUUUAUAUUGGAGGGGUUCCAGGUUGUCUCCUGCUAAAAGAGAAAUUAACUUAAUAUUAAGAAAUUAAUUUUAUUGACAGAAUUUUUCUGCAUGUUAAUGCUCCGUCCAAGACAUAGCAGGAUAAACUUAACAAAAAUCCUGGGAAUAACAAAUUAUUGGUACUGGGGAAAUUCCUUGUUUUAAUGAUAAACCAAAAUUUUCAGAUGAAACAUCAUUUCCAUGUUUAAAUCCUGCUUUGAUUUUAAAGAAGAAUCCUUUUUUCCCCUGUACAGUGACAUUUUUCACUCAAUGAUGAGGUAAAACAGUCAGUGCCUGAUGAUAAAUCCUGAAUGCCAUUGCUAACAAUUCCAUUUAACUCCUCUUGGAUUGGGAGUUGGAUUCUGGGAAGAUUUUUAUUCCAUUUAUGUACCAAAGGCUGCAAUAGAAAUCUACAAAACCACUCAAUUACUGAUGGAGUUUUGGGGAGGAAAACCAGCUGAGAAAGAAUUUUUCCCUAAAAUAAAUCAUUCCUUGUGGGCUCUGCUGCAGUACCUCAUGGGUGUUGAGUGGAGAAGGUCAAUACUUCUUUAUUAUUAUUAUUAUUUUUAUUAUUAUUGUUAUUUGGAAGUAGCUACGUGCACUAAUCCCUAAUGUGAAUUUCAUGCAGUUUUCUCAUGUGCUUUACAUUUAAUGUUUAAAAUUGUGUUGAAAUCGUGGUGAUCUCCCUUAACCUCUGUAAAGUAAAUUUACUUUGUUAUCAAAUAUGGUAAAAAAUAAUAUUUCAGUGGGUUUUUUUUUCUCCAGAGCUUCACUCCCACUAAGCUCUGAUGGUCUAUACUGGGAAUUCUGUCCCGUCCCUCCAGUGGGAAUUUCCUGUGCUUUCUCUGGAAUGGUUUUCCCAUGUGGAAGUGAAAACUGUGUAGCCAAAGUGCCUUAAUUUCCACACAACUCUGAUUUUUUUGGGAAUGCACCUACAUGGCAAGAUCAGUGUUCCAGAAUCAGCUGGAAAUGUGCAUUUUCCAAAGCUUCCUUGCCAACAAAUCCCAUUUGCUGCCAUUGGGGACACACUGCAGCCUUUGUGCCUUUUGUAAAGAGUUUUUAUCUCCUGUGAUUGCCAUAUCCCCGAGAUGAUGAACUGUUAAAACACAGGCAUUCAAAUAUAUCCUGCUUCUCUUUCCAAGUUGCCUACUAAAACUGACUUUUGGAAUUAUCUAAUAAAUAUAUCUGAUGCUUAAA